AUGAUGAAAGGAUGGCAGCUAAGAUUUUUUGUCUUAGAUGAGCACACCUUAUGCCUUAAUUAUUACACCAGUAAGGAGAAAGUCAGGAAAGAUAUCAAGCGUGGCAAAAUCUUCUUAAAGGGUGCAAUUAUUGGUAUUGACGAUACAGAUGACAGCACAUUUACAAUAAGUGUAGAAGGGAAAACGUUCCACUUCAGAGCUGCUGACGCUGAUGACCGGGACAGGUGGGCCCGGUCACUCGAGGAAACAAUAUACCGUCCCCCUGCUUUAAACAACUCUGAAAAUGCAUCUCGUCACAAUAUAAACGACUUGCAGCGGAAGUUGGCAGAGGUCAACGGAUACCUCAGUUUACUCGAAGAUACCAUGUCUGGGAUGGUGCAACAGGUUAGUUUGGAGUUGGAUCCUUCUGAUUCCGCCCAAUUGGAAAUCUGCAACAACGCCAUGAUAUCCUCUCUACAUGACUGUGUUGGGGAGAUGAACAAGUUGGAAUUCUCUGCAGGUAAACCUCAAAAUUGA